UGGUAGUAAUACAGCUAUUUUUUUACUUUUAGAAUUACAUAAUUACUAUACAAAAUGGCUACUAACAUUACUUGGCACCCAAACUUAACUCAUGAAGAACGUUCUAGUUUAAGAAAGCAAAAAGGUGUCACUGUUUGGUUAACUGGAUUAUCAGCUAGUGGUAAAUCAACUAUUGCUUGUGCUUUAGAACAAUCUAUUUUAGCAAGAAAUUUAAAUGCUUAUAGAUUAGAUGGUGAUAAUAUUAGAUUUGGAUUAAAUAAAGAUUUGGGAUUUAGUGAAGCUGAUAGAAAUGAAAAUAUUAGAAGAAUUUCUGAAGUUGCUAAAUUAUUUACUGAUUCGUGUACUAUUACUAUAACUUCUUUCAUUAGUCCUUAUAAGCAAGAUAGACAAUUAGCUAGAGAAUUACAUGAAAAAGAUGGAUUACCAUUUGUUGAAGUUUAUGUUGAUGUUCCAAUCGAAGUUGCUGAACAAAGAGAUCCAAAGGGGUUAUAUAAAAAAGCUAGAGAAGGUAUCAUUAAGGAAUUCACUGGUAUAAGUGCUCCAUAUGAAGCUCCUGAAUCUCCUGAAAUUCAUUUAAAAAAUUAUUCUGGUGCAUCUAUUGAAGAUUCAGCUGAACAAAUUAUUGAAUACUUAAUUGAAAAGAAAUUCAUUUAGAUUCAUUUAGAUAUACCUUUCAUUUCUUCAUCAACAUUCUUGUAAUUUUAGAGCU